GUGCCACUGCCAGCUUGUUGCCUGACAUCUGGAGGAUCAUUAUACAUGAGGAUCUCUGCAGAGGGAAGUCCAUCAUAGACAUGAAAAUAGAGGCCAGGUGUGUUUGAGGUUUUGGAAACAUGUCCAAGAAAAGGGGCAGCAGGAAGCGCAGCAGCGGCGAGCUGAGCGACAGUCUCACCCCAGAUCCCAACAACCUGCUGGGCCGACGGAUCCAACACAGCUGGAGGGAGAAGGGCGCGCUGACCAAGUGGAAGGGCACUGUGCUGGACCGCCUCAGCGUCAACUCCUCACUGUUCAUGGUCAAGUACGACGGCUUCGAUUGCGUCUAUGGCAUCGAGCUCUUUAAGGACGAGAGAGUCUCUAACCUGCAAGUUCUCACCGAGAAAGUGGUGAACAACAAGAUCAAGGUUCCUCAUGACGCAGAGGAGCUGGUGGGAAAAGCCGUGGAGCAUCUGUUUGAGAAGGAGGACGGAGAGAAGAACGAGUGGAGGGGAAUGGUCCUGUCCCGAGCACCCAUCAUGACCAACUGGUACUACAUCACAUAUGAGAAGGACCCCGUGCUCUACAUGUACCAGCUCUGGGACGACUACAAAGACGGAGACCUCCGGAUUUUACCUGAAGCAGAGAAUAAACACCUGCUGCCUGCAGACAGGAAGCCCGGUGAGGAAACAGAGAGCCUUGUGGGUAAGCAGGUGGAGUAUGUGACGGAUAAAGGGGUGAAGAGAACAGGCCUCGUCAUCUACCAAGUUCCCGCCAAGCCGUCCGUCUACUACAUCAAAUACGAUGACGAUUUCCACAUCCACGUGUACGACCUGGUCAAGACCACCUAAAAAAACCACAGACGAAACAAAGAAACCCGAGACAAACCCACAGCGCUUCACCUCUUCAUAGCUUAAGUAUCAUCGCCUCUCAUUGUACAGUCUGCCAUGCCUCGCCAUGAAGGGCUGGCCGCGGAGGUGCUGUAUGAAGCGUCCGUGUACAGGGUUUGUUAUUCUGUGUUGAUGUCACAGCUUAGGGAGACGAUUUUUACAAUUGUCAUAUCAAUACAGUGUAUUUAUACGUGUGCGUUGGGCAUCAUUUGGUAUGUUUAUAAUCCCAUGGAAUAGCUUCCAUUCACCCUUAAACCAUGGAGAAGGUUGCAUUUUCGUAUGUACGAAUGUUCAAGGAGUUUUGAAUUGUAAAUAGUUCUGACCGCAGAUUAAAAAAAAAACUCACGUCAGAGAGACAUUUGAUUACAAAUCAUACAGUGAGACUUUCUAACUGACCUAUUUAUUGGACUAAUACGCUUCGUAACCCAGAAUUGCUGUUAAAACCUUUGAGUUGGUAUUAUGUGACGCAUAUUGUGGCUUUUAGUUGCGUUUUCCCCCAAAUCAGAUCACAUCUGGAGUGAAACAAAUGAGCGCCAUUGAAGAGGGUUGCCUGUUUUGUCCUCUAUGAAAUAAUUCAUGCUUUAUUAUUUUUGUCGUUAAACAGCAGAAGAGCACUUGUAACUGAACACCAAACCAACCAAACUACAGCUGCGAUUUUGAAUGUCAAAAUAGCAAAAAUGAAAACAGUCUCCUGUUGUUUGUAAAGAUUAUUGCAAACUUAUUGCAAAAAUAAGAGUUUAUGUAGCCCAGUUGAUUUGAAAUUGAGUAGGCCUUGGUUUAGAAAACACAAAUCCAAUCCAGCAGGCUGGAUAGACCUGUUAGUCCUCUACAAACAUCAUAACAUCUGCCUUACUGUGAAAUAAUUUGGUCUUAAAUGAUUUGUUUUGAUUCAGUUCACUAUAUUCAUGCUCAUGUUUUUGUCCCAGCCGAUCUGAGCAGAGCUUCAUGAUUUCAUGAGUUGUAAUGAGGAGUGAUUUUUGUUGACUUCAUGUGUCGGAUCGACUCACGGCGCUUUAUAGUGAUAAAACAGCAGAACUUGAAAUGUCUUUUGUGACUCUUUUUCCUCCUCUUGCUUUUUGCAUCACUUCACGUUUUGUUGUAAAUGAUGCACAGGAGCGUGAUUAUUGCCCACCUGUUCAUGUAGCUGAUUAGACCUUUUUUUGCUUGUAGCAUUUGCACUUUAUUCUUUCAAUGUCGUCUGUAGCUCCAAAGUGUCCCAUAGGAAGUCAACGAUUAAAAAACACAGUCCGAAAAUAAUUGUUAAUUUCAGCUACAAAAAAAAGUGUCUUACCUGAUUGGCAUCACUAAAACAAAAUAUACAGCAAGCAAUUUGAACUGAACUGAAAUUGCGCAACUUGUAUAUGAUAUUAUUAGUAUAUUGUAUUAACCCAAUCCCAUAUAUAUAUAUAAAUAUAUAUUGCAAAUUAAUUUGAUCGAUUUUGAAUUUGAACUUACAAUUGACUUGUAUAUGAAUGGAUUUGGUUAUGUAAAUGUAAUGCAUACAAAUGGGGAUUUCAUAUGUAAAUGUUGGACAUUCAGCUCUGCUCUCUGAUUGGGUGCCUGCUGUGGUUUGCAUGUGUUUUUCCCGGACAGACUGACAGUUUUUGAAGUCCUUCAGUACAUUAGCACUUCACAUAGAUUCAUCAGUUGUUUAUUGUGUAGUUAGAUAUUCAGUAUGCCAUUAUCAAAAACACAUUGCGCGUUUAAUUUAUUUUUUUGGAAAAGAUGUUUGUUUCUCCUGACAUAGUAAAUCUUUUGGGCAACCCAAUUUGGGGUUACAGGAAAGUAUUGUUCAGUGAAACGCACAUUUCUGUAAAUGAAUUGUUCUACUUUCAGCUGUUCAUAUGGAUUGAGUUUCCGGUCCGUUUGCCAUCACAUCAGGUGGAUCGUUCUCUGUAUAUUCUCCGUUGUGCUUUAAAAACACUUGUACUAUAAUUCUGCUUUCCCUGUAGACAGAGGGUUUGAUGAUUUUGACAUGUUCAAGGUUUUAUGACCCUCAGCAGGCUUCUGCGGUUUUUCUUUCUCCUAACUGUGAACGAGUAAUUCUCUCUGGCUUCUUUGUAAAUGUGUUUUAUCGUGUGGUCUGCGAGCUUCUGCCGGUUCCUCUGGUUCUUCUAUUUAAUCUGUUCUUUUGCUGCUUUUUACCAAAGUUACGUUUCAGUAGGUGACAUUGAGGAGUGUCAAACUAUUUAUCCUGUCUGUUUGUGUAAUGAUGUUAUCGUAAAUAAUUAAAGAGAUAUUUUUUGCACUGAAAA